AUGUCGAAGAACACGAGGGCUAAUGUGCCUACGUAUACACAUGCAUACCUUCCACGAUGGCGCGACGACGAGGGGCUUCCAAGACUAUCUGACCCUCUUCUGGCCCCCAAGCACGGGAAGGCAGGGCCACCACCCCCGCCGUCGUUACCAAUAAAAUAUCCGUUACCGACAAAUAAAAUUUGUAUCUGGAAUCGAUUAAAGUUGUCUUUUUACGUUGUAAUCAUCACUCUAUCACGACACUACGACUUGGGUUGUAAUAAUCCAAUGGACCAGGCUCGGGGAAACAUCCAAAUACUCCUCAACGAGCUUUACUUCGAGGAAACCGUUGAAAUAGCAGCCUAUAUCGAAGAGACUGGGGAUACUAAAUAUGAUUUUCAGCUGACUCCGGAAACCAUACAGCGACUUUGCUCUAAAAGCCACAAGUUCCCAGCCUAUAACCGCCUUUUUGACGCCCUCAGGGCUCUGGGACUUUCUGUACCACUUUGGUGUGUUCUUCGUGAUGUAUACAUCGAUGGAAGGGUUCCAGGACAACCUCAAUUCAAAUUACCUUUGCCCGGCCAGUACGAUCGAGAUGCGAAAGAAUAUGCGGACGCGUUUUACUCGGAGGAGGAGAUGGAAUUUGGAAAGAGGGAUAUGCUAAGAGAGUUAGCAAAUUAUGCGCAUUGGAUGAUGUAUAGCGUCGCUGCAUCGGAAAGGCGCUCCAGGGAACAGAGUGCUGCAGCCGCGAGAAAGGCCCGAGAACAGGAGAAAAGGCCUGCGCAAGAUGAGCCUCCGAAGUUGGACACUCCUGACGUCGACUUUAGCAAAUUUAUUAAAGCGCGUUACCUUAAAGAUGGUAAGGACCACGGCACCAAGUCCGAGAAGAAGGGUAACGCCUCCGGAGGGGAGGUCAGAGUGGUUCAACAGACACUUAACUUUAACGUUAAUCCCACUUCUACUUCGUCUGUCCAACCGGAUGUUAAUGCUACUGCUACAACUCCCAAUCCUGGCUCCUCUAACGCCACUAGACCCUCCACGACCGUAGGUCCUCCUAACGCCGCUGGACCCUCCGGCAGACCGCCCACCGCCCAACAAGGUGACAACCAUCCAGCCCAACAAAUAAGUACUACUGCCUCCCAGUCCACCAAUCCUCCUGUUGAAGGAAACCAUAAUACCCUUGUUGAAGGGAGACUUAACAGCCUCACCACUGGGACCGAUAACAAUCUCGUAGGAGGGAGUGACAACGCUCUAGCCCAGGGAGCUAUUGAUUCUCUCGUUCAAGGGGAGGUUACUCCUUCGACGGCGCAGAGUCUUAACUUUAUCUUUAAUCGGACUUUUAACAUGCCCGCGAGCCAACAGACUGAUUUUUAUACUUCUUCUUCCACCCAGGAUAUGAUUGAUCUAUCAGUACAAGAUCUAAAUUGA